AUGGAUCCGAAGAAGUUUUCGGUAGCUCAAUUUAAGGCCGAAUUACGAAGACGAGACUUGCCGAUGCAUGGACGCAAGGCAGAUCUCAUUGCGCGUCUGGAUAAAAACGACACGAGUGGCACGUGGAUGAAUUCCGUUGCUUGCGCCAAGUGCCCGAUGACCGCCUCAGACGAGAAUUUGUCGGAUGAGGAAGUAGCGUUGACCGCAGACGAAGAAGAAAAUAACGGUAACGAAGGAAGAACAAUAGAAGGCUCAAGAGAGAACAGAAAUCGUGAUCGCCGAAAUAGCAAUGAAUUAGAGCGCCGUUAUCGCGACAUGCAACUCGAAUUUGAGCGUCGUGAAAACGAACUUCUGAGAAGAGAGUUAGAGAUCGCUAGACGGGAGAACGAACAACUACGAAGAGCCACCUGUAGCCGAGGGGGCACGCAGAACAGAGAACAUUACCGCUAUGUUGGAACUAGUGGUAGAUUCUUCGACGGAAGUGCAGGUACGUUUAGAAAAUGGGAGCAACAAGUCCGUCAAUUGUGUACAACUUAUCGUCUCGAUGAUGACCGUGCUAAACUACUCGUUAGCAACAAAAUAAAAGGAAAAGCGAAGAGCUGGUUUCAGACAGAAAACACGAUCGCCAUGACUCUUGAUGAAAUAAUGAACGACUUCCAGAAAAUGUAUAGAUGA